AUGGCGUGGAAGGGACUCAUCGCCAUGGCGGUUCUCGCACUCCAGCCGGUCUAUGCUCUGUGGCCAAUUCCGCAGGAAGUCUCGACGGGCAGUGAUGUCCUCUUUAUUAACAAGAACAUCAAAGUGACGUACAACGGAGCGUUAGUAAAUUGGAAAUCAGGCAACACUCAGAGUAAGAGAAACUUCAGAGCUAAGAACCUGGCGAUACGGUCCAAUGACACUACGCCUAUGACAAGUUCACAGAUUGUUCAAAACGGUGUCUCCCGCGCAAUGAAAACCAUCUUCGACCAAGGUUUCGUGCCAUGGAUGCUCAAUGAGCCCGGCUCAGAUUACGAGCCUUCCAUCUACGGAGGGAAAGCCACAGUCACAUCGCUCAGCAUCACCCAGACGAGCAAUAGCAACAACUCAACGCCCAUAAUAGGGUCCAUCGACGAGACCUACUUUCUCAGCCUUAGCGUAUCCGGCGACGCAACUAUUAAGGCCAACUCCUCGACGGGAGUCCUUCACGGUUUAGAGACAUUCACACAACUCUUCUACAAGCAUAGCUCUGGCUCCAAUUGGUACACGAACCACGCGCCAGUCUCAAUCCAGGACGCUCCAAAAUUCCCGUAUCGUGGGCUCCUCCUCGACACCGGACGCCACUUCUAUCCUGUCGAAGACAUUAAGCGCACCAUCGACGGGAUAGCCAUGAACAAGAUGAAUAUCCUUCACUGGCACGUCACAGAAACGCAAUCAUGGCCACUGGAAAUCCCCGCGCUGCCCAAGCUUGCCGAGGCAGGCCGCUACGCGCCAGGUUUAACAUAUUCACCCGACGACGUCGCCUCAGUUCUCAAAUACGGCAUGGCCAGAGGAGUUCAAGUUAUUCUCGAAAUCGACAUGCCAGGCCACCAGAUGGCUGGCAAGGCCUACCCUGAUGUUGGUGUAGCCUACCAAGCCAAGCCUUGGAGCACUUACUGCGCAGAGCCGCCCUGCGGUGCCCUUCGUCUCAACAGUACCGCUACCAAGCAGUUUGUCAACAUGCUCUUCGACGAUUUGUUGCCGCGGCUGAAGCCCUACGCGGCAUACUUCCACACCGGCGGCGAUGAAUACAAGGCAGCUAACUCACUGCUUGACCCGGCCCUAAAGACAGACGAUGUAGCCGUUCUGCAACCAUUGCUACAGGCAUUCUUAGAUCACGCGCACGGCGCCGUUCGGAAACAUGACUUUGUCCCAAUUGUGUGGGAGGAGAUGGUUGGCCAGUGGAACGCAACUGUUGGGAACGAUACCAUUGUGCAGACUUGGUUCGGCGAUACGUUGAAGCAGUAUGCCGAGGCAGGCCACAGGGUCAUUGAUUCGAACGCCAAAGUUUAUUACCUUGAUUGCGGCCGCGGCGCCUGGAUCGAUGGCGCGGUUGCGCCUUACAGCGACUGGUGUCCGCCCGCAAAGCCCUGGCAGCUCAUCUACACGCAUAACCCGGUUGAUGGACUGUCCAGCGAUGCGGCGAAGAACGUCAUUGGCGGUGAGGUAGCUAUAUGGUCUGAGAAUAUUGAUUCCGCCGCGCUAGAUACCCUGGCUUGGCCAAGGAGCAGCGCUGCUGCCGAAAGCUGGUGGUCUGGCGUCACGGAUAGCCGUGGUAAUGCUCGCAAUCUGUCCUCCGCACGGCCAAGGCUCUCGGAAAUGAGAGCUCGUAUGAUGGCGAGAGGGGUGAAGGGGGCGGCUGUUACUACCGGAUAUUGUGAGCAGAUGCCGUAUGGGGCUUGUGUGUGA